GCGCGGCCCGGGGCCAUGCCCGCCGGGCGCUCGGGCGGGGGGCCGGGCUCGGCCGGCGGCGGGGAUGAGGAGGAGGGCGGCGGCGGCGGCAUGGCUUCCAAGGAGCGGCUCUACGAGCUCUGGAUGCUCUACUUCGCCAAGAAAGACUUGGCCUACCUGCAGCAGUGGCUGGAGACGUUUGUCAUGAACUUUGAAAAGAUCAUCGCGGUGCAGUCUUUGGACCCGAGGAGGCCAGAAGAUUCAGUCUCUGAGAUCCCGCUGCUCCCACGCGAUGUCCUGCAUGUGCUGAGCCAACAGCUGGCGCACUGCGUGGCCCAGAUGGCCCGCGAGGAGUCAGCCGAGGCAGGCCUUGGCCAGGCGCUCCUGCACGUCAAGUUCUUUAUCAUCAUCUGCAGGAAUUUAGAAAAUGUCCAAGCCGACAGGACACCAGUUUUUAUCCACGAGGUGCUUAGCUUGCUGGUUGCGUGUACAGCCAAGCUAAAGAACACCCUGGAGCAGUGUGCCCCCAGCAGGUCUCAGCUAGAGACCGUAACCAUCUAUGCAUUGCACCUCUACGAAUGCCUCUUCGACCCCUACCAGACGUGGAGGAGGCAGCUGAGCGGGGAAAUUGUCAGCAUGAAAGAGAAGAGCAAAUACAAGUUUGCACCAGCUGCUUUGCCUCUAGAGUUCAGCACUUUCUUCCAAGGGAGCUUCCAGGACGAGGGGCAGCUUCCCGAGGCUCUCCAGCUGCGACUCAUCCAUCUCUUUGGAGCCAUUAUCUCUGGAGCCAAGCAAAAUGCCCUGCAGGUGAUCACGCCGACCUCCGUUGAGGCCCUCAUGCUAGUGCUCAGGCAGUGGUGCUCCCCACAGAAUGGAGACACCAAGGACCCCAAACUGCUGCAGCUGACCUUGAAGAGUCUGGUGGGAAUGAUUCACAUCCUGCACGCCAGCAGCCCGGGCCAGCGCAAGGUGGAGAUCAGGACCAUCUUGGACAGUUACUUCAAGGUCCUCAAUUCAGACCAGCCCAUGGCCUCUCUGGAAGGCUCGCAGGCCACUCGCUGGGAGGAGGGGAUGAUUGCUCUCAGGGUGAACAUGCUGGAUGCAAUUCCGGAAAUGCUGAAUUGUGGUGACCGGCCAGUACUGCAAGCCAUGUUCCUCAGCAACAACUGCUUCGAACACAUCAUCCGGCUGAUCCAGAACAGCAAGCUCUACGUGAGUGGGGCACAUAAAGCGGAUGAGAUGGGGAGCGAGCUCGCCGCACACUUACUGACCGAGAGCGAUGUCCAGAAGGUGUUCGACAGCAGUUCCGACGCCAUCACGGUUCAUGCCAUCAGCGUGCUCACCUCCAUCAUGAGCAAUUCGCCGUCGGCCAAGGAGGUGUUCAAAGAAAGGAUCGGUUACUCCCACUUGUACGAAGUUUUCAGGAGUCAGAGCCAACCCACCGCCCGCCUGCUUGAGGAGCUUCUGAACAUGGCAGUAGAAGGAGACCACAGCGCCUUCCCCGUCCGACUCAUCCGCAAUGAGCAGCCGCUGCUGAUGCUCAUCGCGUGGCUCCCUGAGUUGAAGUCACGGGACCUGCAGGUGUUCCUGUCCGACUGGCUGAAGAGGAUCUGCGACGCUUCCCUGCCGAGCCGCAUGACCUGCGUCAAGGCAGGGAUGGUCAGCUGCCUCCUGGACGCCCUGCGCGCUGAGCAGGAGCUGGACCGGAAGUGCUCCGAAAACCUCAUCUACCUUCUGCAGGUGCUGGGCAGCCUCUCCAUCCGGCCGGAGGAGCUCCGCCAGCUCAUCAGGCUGCUAUGGACCGAGCCCGGCAAGGGGCCCCACCCUUAUACCACGCUGGUCAUCCGGGCACUCUCUGGCAUGGCGAGGAAGGACCAGUCUGAGAGGGCACUGCAAUACUUCGACCUGAUGCCAAGCAUGGCCGGAAUUAUGGUGCCGGCCAUCCAGAAAUGGCCCGGGAGUGGCUUUGCCUUCCACGCCUGGGUCUGUCUGAACGAGGAGCCCGAAGGCUUGCCGGAUCUGCCUACGAGGCUGAAGCGGAAACAGCUAUACAGCUUUUUCACGGCCAGUGGCACCGGCUUUGAGGCGUUCUUCACGGCCGACGGGAUGCUGGUGGUGGCAGUGUGCACCAAGAAGGAGUAUAUGACAGUGGCACUCCCGGACUUCACCUUCAACGAUUCUGCAUGGCACUGCAUCGACAUCGUCCACGUCACCGGCCGCCGGCCCUUCGGCCAGAACCUGGUCAACAUCUAUACAGACGGGCAGCUGCGGCAGGUGGCUCAGCUGCGCUUUCCUUCCUUCAAUGAGUCGUUCACCUCGUGUUGCAUCGGCUCCGCCGGCCACCGGACAACGACCACCUCCACGGUCUACCCCUCGCCUUCACACUCGCCGGAGCCAGCCUUCCCCUCUCACCCCUCCCUCAACCGCUCCCAAUCCUUCCCUGCCUCGUUGGCCAUGCACUCCUGGACUCCCGGGGCCGCUCAGCCCCCCAGAGAAGGCCAGGUGUCUACAACAGUAGCAGGGAGUCAGGACACAGAGUGGGGGACCCCUACGUCCCUUGAAGGGCACCUGGGGUCAGUGUCCAUCUUCUGUGAAGCCCUCCAGCAGACCCAGGUCAAAGCACUCUUCUCCUCAGGACCAAACGUUACGUCACAACUCAAGCCGGAAGGCGACUUCCUGGAGCUCAGCAGCAAGCUACUUCUGUACUACACGCCCCAGGCUUGUAAAAAUAACAUCUGCCUGGACCUGUCUCCAAACCAUUUUUUUGACGGGAGGCUGACCGGACACAAAGUGGUGAACUGGGAUAUCAAGGACGUUGUGAACUGUGUUGGCGGGAUGGGGGUGCUCCUCCCAUUGCUGGACCAAGUGGCGGCCGAGAGAAAAGAAUCGGAGGACAGCCAGGAGACCCACGACCUGGUUGGGCCAGAGCUGACGUCCUCGCGGAGUCGCCAAGGCAUGCUCAUCCCCCUGAGCAAGUCCUCCGAGGGCAGACUGGAGAAGAAUGGCGUGGCUGCGUUUCUGCUGCUGGUCAAGAACUUUAUCCAGCAUCACCCCGUGAACCAGGAGAGUCUGGUGCAGUGCCACGGGCCGGCAAUCAUUGGAGCUCUGCUGCAGAAAGUCUCCAGCCUCAUGAUGGACAUGAACGUGCUGAUGGCGUCGCAGUCCCUGAUGGAGCAGGUGGCUGCCGAGGGCCACAGCUUUCUACUACACCUCCUGUACCAGUACCUGCUCUUCGACUUCCGCAUCUGGAGCAAGAGUGACUUCGCUGUCAGGCUAAGUCACAUUCAGCAUUUAUCGAGCACCAUCAAGGACCACAAGCAGAGGAGCCGCAAGAAGUAUGGGGUCCAAUACAUCCUGGACUCCAUUCGGACGUACUACGGCACUCAUAAGGAGAAGCCGAUUCCCACAGACGACGUGAAGACGGUGCAGAUGUCCCUGUUCAGCCUGGUGAAGGAUUUCCUCACCAAGAGCUUCUCUGCCGACGAGAUGCAAAGCGCCCUGAACUACCUGGCUGCGGUGCAUGAUGAACACCAGGUGUGUGGAGUUCUGGAGGUGAUCCAUGGCUUGCUGAAAGAACCGGCCUCCCAGGAGCAGCUCUACGCCUUCCUCUUUGAGUCAGGGAAUGUGGAGGUCCUGUUCUCGCUGCUCGUCCAGAGAAAGUUCUCGGACGAAGUACGGGAGAGAGUCUUCAAGGUCCUGUACAAGAUGCUGAAAUAUGAGAAGGCCCACGAGCGCAGCAAGUACCGCCUGAAGCUGAAGGACAUUGGCUACCAAGGGCUCAUAUCGUAUCUGAACGACAUCCCGGUGUCCAUGCUGCUCUUCCGGUGUCUCCUGGAGCAGGUCCUUGGCUCAGACUCUCCCAGCUACAAGGACCUGAUGGCUGUGGUGUACCUGUCCCACCGGGCGGAGCUGGCAGUCAGGCUGGAUACCUGCCGGAAGCUCUUCCACUUGAUCUACUCCCAGCACGACACGGUGAGGCAGCUGGCAAAGCUGGCCGGCUGGCAGGACACGCUCACCAAGCUCUACGUCAAGGAGGCUUCUCGGACCACUCCAUCUCCCCGACCGGCAGCUCCAAGCCCUUCCACUCCUAUAACUUCAAAUCCUUCGACUCCUUGGACCGCACCAGCCACUCCUUCCUUCAACACUAUCGACAUCCCCAGCCAGGGGGAGGCCCCCUCCACCGAUGCCCACCAGUUUGAUGGUGUCUACCACCCUCUCUCACCCUUCUGCAUGUCACCCUUUGACCUCGGCCUCGACCUGGCCAGCACCUGCUCCACCGCCACAGUGGAGAGCGGCAACCAGACGCCGGGGAGCUUGCCAGGGACCCCCUCUCCUCUGGAGUACUUCAAACCUUUCCCAGGCACACGGGCUCGCAAAAGCUCCAGCCUCUCCAAUGUCCUAGACGAAAGCAGCUACCAGGAGACGCUGGCCAGCGACGAUGUCUCCAAUACCAGUAACCCCCAGCAAACGCCAGAGGAGGAGCUGUGCAACCUGCUCACCAACAUCAUUUUCUCGGUGACCUGGCGUGGGGUGGAAGGCUGGGACGACGCGGCCUGGAAGGAGCGCGGGCAGGUCUUCUCCGUCCUCACCAAACUGGGCACAGCCUGCGAGCUGGUGCGGCCGCCGGAUGAGAUCAAGCGCAGCCUCCUGGAGAUGAUGAUGGAAUCGGCCCUCACGGACAUCAAGGAGUCGGCUCCGGCCACUUUGCCCAGCCUCACCCAGAACGCGCUCAAGUUGCUGAGGCUCCUCCAGGACUUCUUGUUUUCCGAGGGGCACAACAACCAGGCCCUGUGGAGCGAGAAGAUCUACGAGGGGGUGAAUAGCCUGCUGGACAAGCUGGGGGUGUGGUACCACUUGGCCAACGGGACCUCGGACCUGAAGGAGAUGGCUCAGAUCGGCCUGCACAUCCUCAUCGGGUACAGUGGGCUGGAGGAGGCCCAGCUGCACUCGCUGGCCUACGUCAAGCUCCACAGCCUGCUCCAGACGGCCUCGGCCCCCAUGGAGGAGGAGGCCUGCUACCUGCUGGGCAAGCUGGAGAGCCCCCUGAGCCGCGCGCUGCAGCCCAAGUCGGAGGCCUUCUCCUGGCUCCUGCCCAUCGUCCGCACGCUGCUGGACCAGUGUUACAACACGCUGCAGCUACAGCGCCUGCUGCCCUCGCUGCCCCCCACCAACGGCAGCCCCACCUUCUACGAGGACUUCCAGCUCUUCUGCACCACCCCUGAGUGGAGGGCCUUCAUCGAGAAGCAUGUACAGCCCAUGAUGGCGCAGUUUGAAAUCGACACGUUCGCCAAGAGCCAUGACCACAUGUCCAAUUUCUGGAACUCCUGCUAUGAUGCCUUGAUGAGCAGCUCCCUGCGUAGGGAGAGGGAGAAAGAGGAGAGCAGGAAGAAGUUCCAGGAGCUGAUUCUGGAGCCAGUGAUAAAGCGCUCCAAGUACGAACACAUCCGGCACGUGAACGUCCUGAAGCAGAUCAACAACCACCACGGCGUGGUCCUGAAGCAGUGGAAGGCCCUGCGCCGCCUGCUGACCUCACAGCGCUCUGCUUGGGCGGACCGAAACCCCCCAGAGAUUCGCUGGAAGCUGUCGAGUGCCGAGACCUACUCCAGAAUGAGGCUGAAACUGGUCCCCAACUAUAACUUUGACCGCCACAUGGAGGCUAGUGCCCUCCGGGACAACCUAGGCGCGGAUCAUUCUCACAGCCCUGCAGAGCCUCUGCCACUGGCUGUGGCCAAGGAGGCGAAAGUGAGCGAGCUGGAGGAUGAUCAGCUGGCGGAGGAGGACCUUGAGUUCUUGGACAAUCAGGCUGAACCCAAAGAGCAGAGCCAGAGGGAAAAGUUGGUGAUCUCCGAGGACUGCGAGCUCAUCACCAUUGUGGCGGUGAUCCAGGGCCGGCUGGAGGUCACCACGCAGCACAUCUACUUCUACGACUGCAGCAGCGAGAAGGAGGAGACGGAGGAAGGGAUCGGCUAUGACUUCAAGCGCCCCCUGUCUCAGCUCCGGGAAGUGCACCUCCGCCGUUACAACCUCCGCCGGUCGGCGCUGGAGUUCUUCUUCAUCGACCAGGCCAACUACUUCGUUAACUUCAAGAAGAAGGUUAGAAAUAAAGUGUAUUCCUGUAUUCUGGGUCUGCGCCCACCCAACCAGAUCUACUUUGGCAGCCGGUCGCCCCAGGAGCUGCUGAAGGCCUCAGGACUGACUCAGAAAUGGGUCUACAGGGAGAUCUCCAACUUCGAGUACCUGAUGCAGCUGAACACGAUUGCGGGGCGCACUUACAACGAUCUGUCGCAGUACCCCGUGUUCCCUUGGAUCCUGCAGGACUACGUCUCCGAGGCGCUGGACCUGAGUGACCCGGACGUGUUCCGGGAUCUCUCCAAGCCCAUCGGGGUGGCCAACGAGAGACAUGCCAAGGAUGUGAAGGAGAAGUAUGAGAGUUUUGAGGACCCCACGGGCAUGAUCGACAAGUUUCACUAUGGCACACACUACUCCAAUGCGGCGGGCGUCAUGCACUACAUGAUCCGGACCGAGCCCUUCGCUACUCUUCACAUCCAGUUGCAGAGCGGCCGGUUUGACUGCUCGGACCGCCAGUUUCACUCGGUGCCUGCAGCAUGGCAGGCGCGCAUGGAGAACCCGGUGGAUGUGAAGGAGCUGAUCCCGGAGUUCUUCUAUUUCACAGACUUCUUGGAGAACCAGAAUGGGUUCGACCUGGGCUGCCUGCAGAUGUCGAACGACCAGGUGAACGACGUCGUCCUCCCGACGUGGGCCAGAUCCCCGGAGGAUUUCGUCCACAAGCACAGGAAAGCACUGGAGUCGGAGCACGUGUCUGCCCACCUCCACGAGUGGAUCGACCUGAUCUUUGGGUACAAGCAGAGGGGCCCGGCCGCCGUGGAGGCUCUCAACGUCUUCUAUUACUGCACGUACGAGGGGGCCGUGGACCUGGACGCCAUCGCCGACGAGACGCAGAGGAAGGCUUUGGAAGGCAUCAUCAGCAACUUUGGGCAGACCCCCUGCCAGCUGCUCAAGGAACCUCACCCAGUGCGCCUCUCAGCCGAAACCGCCGCCAGGAGAUUGGCCCGGCUCGACACGUAUUCCCCCAACGUCUUCGAGAACCUCGACCAGCUCAAGUCCUUCUUCGUCGAGGGGAUCAGCGACGGGGUCCCGCUGGUGCAGGCUGUGGUCCCCAAGAACCAGGCCCAUUCCUUCAUCACACAGGGCUCCCCGGAUGUGCUGGUCACGGUGAGCACCAACGGCCUGUUGGGAACCCACGGCUGGCUGCCCUACGACAAAAACAUCUCCAACUACUUCAGCUUCACCAAAGACCCCACCGUCUCCAAUACCAAAACCCAGCGCUUCCUCUCCGGCCCCUUUGCCCCAGGGGUGGAGGUGUCCUCGAAGACACUGACUGUCUCUCCCGACGGGAAGCUCCUCUUCAGCGGGGGACACUGGGACAACAGCCUGCGUGUCACGUUGCUGAGCAAAGGGAAGGUUGUCGGGCACAUCACCAGGCAUAUAGAUGUGGUCACCUGCCUGGCACUCGAUCUGUGUGGAAUCUACCUCAUUUCGGGCUCCCGGGAUACCACCUGCAUGGUCUGGCAGGUCCUUCAGCAGGGUGGGUUUUCCAGUGGCCUGGCUCCCAAACCUGUCCAAGUCCUAUACGGUCAUGACGCCGAGGUGACCUGCGUCGCCAUCAGCACUGAGUUGGACAUGGCCGUGUCGGGGUCGAAGGACGGCACCAUCAUCGUCCACACCAUCCGCCGGGGCCAGUUCAUGAAGUCCAUCAAGCCCCCCUGUGAGAGCUUGCUGCCCGCCACUGUCUCGAACCUCGCCGUGGGCCUGGAGGGCCAGAUCAUCGUCCAGACUACGGUGGCGGGGAGAUCCUCCCUGAAGGAUAAAUUUGCCCUGCACCUUUAUUCCGUCAACGGCAAGCAUCUCUCCUCCACCCCGCUGGAGGAGCAGGUCACUGCCAUGUGUGUCACUGAGGAGUUUGUGGUGCUGGGGACCAUGCAGUGUUCUCUCCAGAUCUUGGAUCUUCAGAGCCUCCAAGCAGCGGUGUUGCCAAUGCCCAUGAAGGUCCCAGUUCAUAGCGUGUCUGUGACCAAGGAGAAGAGCCACAUCCUUGUGGGGCUGGAGGAUGGGAAGCUGAUUGUGGUGGGAGCGGGCCAGCCCUCAGAGGUGCGGACGGGGCAGUUCCACAGACUGCUGUGGCGUUCCACGCGCCGGAUCUCCCAGGUCUCCUCCGGAGAGACCGAGUACAACCCGCCCGAGUCCAAGUGACAGGCUUGAUGUGAGAUGACCUGUCCCCAGAGCAUUACUGGGCAGAGAUGUCCUGCAGCAGGAGGUCUCUGAAGGGUGGCUGAGGGGGCCGGUCCAGCCACACCACUCAGAUGUAUCUGCACGUCCCCUGGGAGCAUGGCGAUCGCUGUGAACUGUGGGAGCACUGGGUCUCUUGACCACUCACUCUCAGAGCGUGCAGAGCUCAGGAUCCCUUUCUGAGCCAGGGGCUUGCACCGGUGACUCUGGUUUGCUGAGCCAGGAUGCGUGUGGGACGAUCUGGUAUCUCCCCCCCGCCCCCCCAGCCCAUCCCCUUUCCAGCAGAGCUUGAAGUGGAAAAUGUUUUUGUAUUAUCCUUUGUGACUUUCUCGCUGGACAGAGAGGAUGGGAAGCCCACAGCCGGCGCCCCUUGCCGCCCAGCAGGGAAACGUUGCAAUAGAUGCAAGACGACGACCGUCGCUGCAUUCUCAGUCCUUCUUGGGUGGCCUUAACCAGACCUUGUUGCACUACGUAGAGAACUUGUACCAAAACCAAGAACUGCUUUCAGCACGAGGCCGGUCUGCUGCAGAAAAGCUUUAAUGUGAUGAGACUGGCAAGAGCCUGCUCUGUUUUCCUCCCAGAGGUUGAAUUUUGGAGGGCAACAAAUACCAGGGACCCAGAAAGAUAUCUACUGACUAUCUUGAACCAGCCCCAAAUCCUAGAUGUGUUUAAACCCCCUGCUGGCAAAGAAGGGUGUUCCGCUUUCAUUGGGAUUCUUCUGAAUAUGGAUUGUCUGCCUCUUCCACCAGAGGCACCCAAAUUCAGCGCCUCCCAGGGCCCCAAUCAUUUUCCGGUGGCGCCUCCUAACUUUCCUAUCGAUUUAUACGUGUUUUUUUUUUAAGAAAACAAAAAAAAAUAAAUGUGCACAAUCUUAUUGUC